AUGGCUAGUUCAACCAAUAAUGUUGCAUUAAUGUAUGAAAUAUAUACAGUACCUGCUGCUAUUCUUGCUGCUAUCGUCGGUAUUUUAGCGAUUGCAUGGCUUAUACAAUCUAUUCAAGCAUCUUUUUAUCCACGUCGUUUGUUAAAUCUUCUUCUUAUUUCUUAUGUGACUAACUUUGCUGAUUUGAUAUUUCGCGCAACACUUUAUAAUUCGAUAUUAGAUGUGACAACUACUUUAAUAAUCAUUUCGAUUCUUGUUGCUGUCGGACAACGUGUUAUUAUUAUAGCAAAUUACGUCUUUAUCGGUCAAAUUCUUGGUAUUCAAUCCAGUUUUGCUCGAGCAAUCAAUAUUGGAACAUUAUUAGUUGCUCUAAUUUCAACUGUUCUAGCAAGUUUUGCUGGAGUACAAUCAACUAAUCCAGAUACGAUUGAAAAUAGUUUUCGUCUACGUCAAAUAGCAGCAGCCAUUGUUCUCUUUUUAACUUUUGCAUUCUAUCCAAUUUGGUUCUUAAGUAAAACAUUCAAAGAUAUGACAAAACAAGCUAUUGUUCUUUUACUCAUUUCAAGUCUAACCUGUUUAAUAGUUGCCAUCUAUACUAUGAUCAUAUCAAUACCUCAAUACUAUGUUGCGACAAGUCAACAACUAAUGUGGUUUUACAUCUUUCAACUGACACCUAUUUUAAUCGCACUCAUCACUUGGGUCAUUUUUCAUCCAAUACGAAGUUUGCCACGCACAUAG